AUGACUGAAGAAGUUGAGCGCACCGAAUCGAUCCCCCCGACACAAAGCGUUCGCGACGAGGACUCUGAGCCGGGGGAUGUCGACGAUUUGGUACAGCAACCAGGCGCAACUCCGGUACAAGAAACAACCGCACCUGCCCACCAGCCUGGAACGCAGAUCAUCGUGAACGAAGGCGACUUUGAUGCACAGAAUGAGAAUGACCAUCCUCCAGAACAACGACCCGCGGCCGACGAGGAACAAUUUCUACCGGGCACGCCAAGGCUGUCGCUAGACGACCAGCUACUUGCAGGGAAAAUAGAAGAUGAUGGCCAGCCUGUUCUUGACAACAAGAAUCGUUCCGACGAUGAAGAUGACAAGCAAAUCGUUCCUUUCUCCCUGCCAAAAGUGCGCCCGAUCAAGGGAAAAGUUUUCGGGUUUGUCGAACAGACGCAAAGGUGCAGUCUGUCGCCGAAAAAGCCGAGUUCGAAGCAAGCCCUGGUCUCACCGAAGAGAUUGCGAACCAGUGUGGCGGUCGGCGCCGACUCCAUGAUGCCCAUGCAGGGUCAAAACAUCACAGCUGGCGGCUCUUCCUCGUCCAGUAGCGGCGCAGCGGCUUUUUCUGCCGCCCAAAGGGCGGAGAAAAACAACCAGCAGCGCAAAACAGAGAGCAUCAGUCAUGGCUUGUUCGACGAAGAAGAGAAUCACGAUGAUAGCAGGAAGGGAAACAU